UGUUUAGCUAAUGCUGAAGGUUAGCUAGUUUAGCAUGUGUAUAUUUGUGCAGUAGAACAGCCACUGUAGACUGUUAAUAAUGUUUGUUAUAUAAGUUAUAUUUUUGUUGUUAGUGUUUUUUAUAUUUUGGGGUGAGAUAUUGGGAAUUUAAGCGAAAGCUAAACAUGGCGAAUAUGUCCAGUUACGCCGUGCGCAUGGCUUGUCUUAGUGCACGCAUCUUCGGAGACGUGGCACGACCUACUGACUCCAGGUCCAUGAAGGUGGUGCAGCUGUUUAAAGAUCCUCCCUUAGCUCAGAGAAAAGAAGUGUAUGACUGGUACCCUCAACACAAGAUCUACUAUUCUCUUACCCAGAAGCUUAGAUUCUUGGGGCUUUUCAGAGAUGAGCACCAAGACUUCAAGGAAGAAAUGCAGCGUCUCAGAAAGCUACGUGGUAAAGGAAAACCUAAGAAAGGAGAAGGAAAGAGAGCAAUGAAGAAAAAGUAGACAAGGACAUUCUGUAUGUAAACGAUGGGUGUGGUAAAGAUGAAGAUGAAGAUGAGAACUUGCGUGGACAGAGACUUUUAGAGACCCAGGAUGUUCAUUAUGAGUGUAGUGACUUUAACAUCCUGCUUCCACAGUGCUAACAGUGACUAUGCAGUGGAGAAAAUAGUCUUUGACUUGAGUGUUAAGUCAUUUUGUUGUGUAUUAAAAAUUUCACCUUUAUACAA